AUGUUCCGCCUUUUGAUUGUCUCCGCUUUAAUUGCCGCGAGUUUUGCUCGCAGUCUAUCGGAUCCGGAAGCCCAUGCCACCAUUCUGUCCUACAGCAAUGUUCUCCAAGACGAUGGACACUACAAUUGGGCAAUUGAGACCAGCAACGGGAUCGCAUUCCAUGAGGAUGGCCUCGGGGCUCACCAGGCCAACGGUGCCUACUCCUACACCGGUCCUGAUGGCAUCCAGUAUCGCGUAGCCUACGUGGCCGACGAGAAUGGAUUCCGUCCGGAAGGAGCUCAUUUGCCAACUCCUCCGCCAACACCAGAGCAUGUUAUCAAGUCGCUGGAAGAAAUUCGUGCCAAUCCACCCAAGGACCAGAAAGACUUCAGUCUGGAAGCUUUGGACGCCACCAUCCGCCGAUUGAAGCAGUAAAUGUUUCCUCAAGUCUACAUUCUAAUUAUUGAC